CGCUGGUUGGCCGGCUUCGGGCGGAAGUCGGAAGGGUCGGUGGUCCGAAGACGCUGGCUUGUGACAGGGCGGGGUAGAAGGAAGGCCUACAUAAAGGUUGCCUCUCCAUCCCUUCGCUCCGGGGGACCCUCGGAAAAAACCCAGCACCCCGGCCCCGCGGCUAGCCCCUUCCCCCAGGCUCUCUCCGCUCGAUUUCGCCACCGUUAUGUGGGAAGCGAAUCCGCAGCCAGUCAACUUUAAAACAUGAAGGAAAUAUCCAGAAAAUAAUCAUAAAGCAUUCCUUGGAGAAGUUUCCAAACAUGAAUAAAAAAUAACAAGCCCCCUUCAUUGAGCUCAGGAGAUGUUUCACAAAGCGGAAGAAUUCUUACCCAAGAGGACGGGUAGUGAAAUGGAUGAGAUGGACACGUCGGACACCCAAUGGGGCUGGUUUUACCUGGCGGAGUGUGGGAAGUGGCACAUGUUUCAGCCGGAUACCAACAUUCAGUGUUCAGUUAGCAGUGAAGAUAUCGAAAAAAGCUUCAAAACAAACCCUUGUGGCUCCAUUUCUUUUACUACUUCCAAAUUCAGCUACAAGAUAGACUUUGCAGAAAUGAAGCAAAUGAAUCUCAUCACUGGAAAACAGCGCUUAAUAAAAAGAGCCCCCUUUUCUAUCAGUGCUUUCAGUUACAUCUGUGAAAAUGAGUCCAUCCCUAUGCCCCCACACUGGGAGAAUGUGAACACCGACGUGCCCUAUCAGCUGGUUCCUUUGCACAGUCAAACACACGAGUAUAACGAAGUUGCCAGUCUCUUUGGGAAAACAAUGGACCGUGGCAGAAUUAAAAGAAUUCAGAGAAUUCAAAACCUGGACUUGUGGGAGUUCUUCUGCAGGAAAAAGGCUCAGCUCAAGAAAAAAAGAGGCGUGCCUCAGAUUAAUGAACAAAUGCUCUUUCAUGGUACCAGCAGUGAAUUUGUGGAAGCAAUUUGCAUUCAUAACUUUGACUGGAGAAUAAAUGGUAUACAUGGUGCUGUCUUUGGGAAAGGAACCUAUUUUGCUAGAGAUGCUAUUUACUCCAGUCGCUUCUGCAAAGACGACAUAAAACAUGGAAACACAUUCCAAAUUCAUGGCGUCAGCUUGCAACAGCGGCAUCUGUUUAGAACGUAUAAAUCUAUGUUUCUCGCUCGAGUGCUAAUUGGAGAUUACAUAAAUGGAGACUCCAAAUACAUGCGACCUCCUUCCAAAGAUGGGAGCUAUGUGAAUUUAUAUGACAGCUGUGUGGAUGAUACCUGGGACCCAAAGAUCUUUGUGGUGUUUGAUGCCAACCAGAUCUAUCCUGAGUACUUAAUAGACUUUUAUUGAUUUCACUUCCAAAUCUCAGUGGUCAAGGAGGUUCUGUGCUUUUUUUGCAGGAAGAUUUGCUCUCUUGUCAUCUAGCCACUAAAUGUUCACUAUCUGAUACUUUUGAAACAGAUAUGAAAAAAAAGUGGCCUCCAUAUAAAAAGACAUACUGACUUUAAGGUUGGUUUUCUGUUGUUUUGUUUUUGUCCGUUGCUCGUAGUCUUGUUUGUUAAAGAUUGAUACGAUACCAUUGCCAUUUUAACACAGAGGUGAAAGGUAGCACUCAAAACUGAAUCAGCUGAGUCUCAAUUAACAUGAUCAUUCAGAGUCUGUAAAGUUUACGUGUGUGUUAUAUUUAUUCAUAUAUAUAUGUCCAAAAAAUAAAAAAACAGACAUAACUGUGUCCCUUCAGAGGAAUUGAUCCUUUGUAAAUUGAAUCCUGACAUUAUUAUCCACCAAUCAAUACGUUGCCUUGUUGGUCUUCCAAAGUGGGGAUUUAAAACCUCGAAGCAGGCUGAGUACCGUGGGAGAAAUCAGAAAUAAAAAUGUUAUUUACAGAGCUGCCAGACCAGCCAAAGGAGAGAGUCAAGGUAGAGUGUCCUGUUUCUGAUUGCCCAGGGGAGCAGGCUGCCGUCUCAGACCACUCAUGUCAUUCUCUUAUCUCCUACAUCAGAAUUGACAACAUGCUGCAGACUGUAGUUAGCCCGCAGUUCACCCACCAGGGCUCUUGAAUUCUCGUACCAUGACUCACUGCACACACUGUUUCUUGCCUCUUCAGAGUGAAACAUUUAUUUCUUUUCCAAAACAUGUAUUUUUCCCUUUGCUUUGGGGUCCCUACAAUAAUUACUUGUAAGAUUUCUUAUCUGCUCCCUAUCACACACAGCUAUUCAACAGCGAUUCAUAAUACUCACAUUUUUAAGUUGGAUCUCCCCAUUUUGAAUCACUGCAGAAGGCAUGGGGUGCUUGGAACAAAUCUGGUUUAGUCUUUUGAGUAGUAAAUCGACAAUCUGCUAACACUUGAAAAGUUAGAUCUAGUUCAUAAUCAUGUGUAAUGGAAGUUUGUUUACCCAUUCCAUCUCUUUUGCUUUAUUCUGUUCUAAAGAAGAAUAAGUAAUGUUGGAACAGCUUCCUGCCCCUAGAGGUAUUCUGGCAGAGGCUAGACAACAACUUGGCAGAAAUGUCAUACAAGAGUUCAGGUGUCAGAUGGAGGAAUUGGCCAUAUGAUGGGUGAGUGUUUCCCCACCUUUAUUUUCCAUGAUUCUACCUGGAAAAAAAAAAAAAGAACACCUGUGUCAAGCCUUGCCAGAAAACCUUUCCUAACUCAGUCUAAUACUGAAUUCUCUCUCCAUUAUUCUCAUUCAGUUUUGACUGAGAAAUUGUGAACAUAAUGUAACUUUUCAGGGAAAAGCCAGUAAAUGUCCAUGCCUGUGUUGUUCAUUUCAAUCAUUUGCACUGGGAAAGCAUCUAGAAAUCAUAAAAAUGAAGAGUAUGGACCAAGAUUAGGCAUGGUAAUUCUUCAACUGCCACAUAUCCCCAGAUUUUUAUUGUAGCCCAGAAUACAUGUAACUGUACAGUUGAAAGUAAGUAGUACACAGGAAACUGUUAUGUACAAUACUUUGAAACCAAGCAGCAACAAAGAUUUCCUGACUCAGAUGUGCACACUAACAUCCGUUUACAUGAAAUGCUGUGAAUAUUUAGGAAGAGCCCAUUUUAGAAACAUGCAGAGAUUACCAUGGAAAUAAUUGGAAGAAAAGUCACCAGGCUACCUUGUGAGAGGUAGCAAACUAUUGCUCUAGUUUCAUUCACAAAAGAACAAUGUUAGAGACAUUAGGAACUCAGAUUUUGAAAAUCUUUUUAUUCUAUUUAUUUGUUAUUUACACACCAAAAAAAUGUUACAGUAAUCCCCACUUCAACAUGGCUGUCCUUUUUUUUCAGUUUAACACAGUUGCCCUUCCCAUCACUGGAAUGGAGUAACUGUCGUAGCAUUUGGGAGUUAUUCUUGUAGAUGUGCAGAUCUUAUCUCAAGGUGUGACUAAGAGCCCAGAGUUGAGGUUUGCAAGGCAGUCAGUAUGAACUCUGAACUUAACUAGUUGGCUCAGAUGUAGUAAAUAGAGUGCAUUGCAAUAGACAUUUUAAGAAAGAAUUCUGUUGUUCUUGUCUGACAAUGUACUGCCAAUUCCCCUUUUAUAAGGAAGAACUAAUUUUGAUAAAUUUUUCAGUGUGAUAGUGUAGCAUUAAUUGAUAUUAAAAUUCUGUUCGUUUUGGUCAAUAGAUUGGGUUGAGAAAUCCUAAUUAAUAUAUAAUAGACUAGACGCAACCAUCUGUCCCCUUUUCCUCUUGUCCUCACAUAGUAUGCGUGGGGAGAGUAAAGAGAACCUAUUCCAGAUUAAGGAAUAAAUGAUUUUUAAAAUCCUACAUUGAACAAAUUCUAGCUGAUAGUGACUUUUGUUUUUCACUUUGAUGUCAGCCUCAGGGUAAAAAAAAUGUGUUUAUAAGAAACAGUUUCAUAAAUCUUGCAGCUAUGAACAGGAAGGUUUUUAUAUUAGUGCAACUUUCAUUUCUAGACUGUUAUGGUGAUGAUAAAGCAUUUGGAGCCAUUUUUGAUAUGUGACUAUAUUGUUUUUACAUGUGGUGAUUAAAGCUUUCCGUAGCAGGGCUUGGUUGUCUGUGUAUGCCAUAUAUUUGUUUCUGUGAUUUCUGCGUCUCAUCUCCACCUUGCAUUACUUAAGCCUGCAUUUGCAGCUCAAACUUAAUGGGCCCUCAAGAAGUCUGUUGCCUCUAACUCUUAUAUAACCUACUUACAGAUGGGGGGAAGUCUCUUGUUCUUGGUUUAAGUCAUCGUGAGCAACAGCUAAUCAAAUGAUCCAUGGGAAAAUCAUUUACUCUGCUAUUGAAACUUCCAAAACAGUUCAAGGCCAAGCGCCUACAGACAGUGUCCUUUACUCUCAGUGUGCUCCCCCAGCUCAGAGGAGCAAUUCUGGGGGUGUAUCUACAUGCACCUGAGGAGCAUGCUUCCCACAGUUCAUCCAGCCUCCAGCCACUCCUAGUAUGUCCACAGUAAGUUUUUGAAGCAAAUUAGACAUUUCAUUUGAUCUUUAAGCUUUUGUUGCCAAAAACGGGAGCUAUCCGAAGAUGUCUUAAUUUUACAGGUGAGAGACAUGAGAGACAAGAUGGCAGAAGAGUAGGAGACUCGUUUCAUCUGGUCCCUUGAAUUUUAGCUAGAUAUCUAUCAAAUCAUUCUGAACACCUAUGAAUUCAACCUGAGAUGUAAGAAAAAGAACUGAUGGAAUUCUACAACUAGAAAAGCGACCACUUUUUGCAAGGGGCGUGGAAAGCCUUUAGGGAACAAAAGCCACAUAGAGCAACCCAAAACAGCUUACACGGAACCCGGCCCCUUGGCAAGGGGCAGUGCAACUCCACCCAGGUGAAGAUACCUGAGAAUCAGCACAGCAGGCCCCUCCCCCAGAAGACCAGCUGGAACAUCAGGUGAAUACCAAGUUUAUGGAGCACACAGAACUGCAAAACUCCAGCCCUAGGGGAAAAUAGUAUAUAGAAUUUGAGAUUCUUUUUCUAAUGAUUCUUUUAUUUUUCAGUUUCAGUUUCCUUUUCUUUUUUUCCUUUUCAACUGGUUUCUUAUUUUAUCAGCUCUUUGUUUUUAAGUCCUUUUUAAACUUUCAUUUUUACAUUUACAUUUUAUAGAUAUAUUCUUCAUUUUUGGCUUCCUUUCACUGGAUUGCAUUUUAUUUUUGUAUAUGUAUAAGUUUUGCUUUCUUUAAAAUUUGGGAUUUAGUGUCUUCUAACAAAGAGACCAAAAUACACCCGAGACCAAGUGGAUCACCCUAUUUUGUCCACCUGGAAGAUUAUAUUCUCUCCUUUCCCCCUUUUUUUUCUUUUUCUUUUCUCUUUUGGUUUCUGACCUCUUCAGAUUUUUCUAGUGUGUAUUUCAUUUGGGUCGUGGUUGAUAUUUUUUAUUGUGUUCUCUCAUUCAUUGUUCUCUGGGAAAAAUGACUAGAAGGAGGAAUUCACAACAAAAGAAAGAACCAGAGGUAAUACUCUCUGACACAGAUCUAAUCGAUAUGGAUAUAAGUAAAAUAUCAGAGCUGGAAUUCAGAAUAACAAUUAUAAAGUUACUAGCUGGGCUUUAAAAAAGCAUAAAAGACAUUAGAAAACCUCUUAGUGCAGAAAUAAAGUCUAAUCAGGCCGAAAUUAAAAAUGCUUUCACUGAGAUGCAGUCUUAAAUGGAUGCUCUAACAGCUAGGGUAAAUGAGGCAGAAGAGAGUUUCAGUGACAUAGAAGACAAGAUGAUGGAAAGGAA